AUGAUAUUGCAAAAGAUCAGAUCAAUGUGUACAUGGAUUGAUCAUCAAACGUGCGAUGAAUUAUGCAAAUCGGAUUCAUAUUGGUAUGGUCAUUGCGCUGGAUGGGACGGGAUGGAUUUCAGUUGUAAAUGCUUUGAUUACAACCCACCGUUGAGCGGUGAUCGAUGCAAGGAGAAACAAAAGAAAUGCGAAAAAAUGUGCAUUAAACAGGGCUUGGAGGGCGGCUUUUGCUACCCGCAACGAGACAACGAUCUGCGCACGAAUCGCACCGCGUGUGACUGUUUCAAGGCACUCCCACCACAACUCCGUCGCAAGCGCUCCCUCAUUGAGAACGAUGGGAAAUUUCGAUUACGAGUUCAA